AUGACCGUCCCCAAUUAUUCCUGUAGAGGAAUGAGGAACGUGGCUGGUUUUAUUGGAGAUCAGAGUUCAUCAACCACAGUGUCCAUCGCUGAGGUCCUGGCAUUAUACCGAUACUCACAAAUCAGCUACGGUGCUACAAGUUCUGUUUUGAACAAUCGGAAUCGCUACCCAACAUUUUACCGCACUAGUCAAAGUGUCAAAAUCAGUUAUUUGGUGUUAUCCAAGAUGAUCAAGUUCUUUAGAUGGACGUGGGUUGGGAUUUUAUCUUCAGAUGAUGAGAGUGGGAAUGAGGAGGUUCAAAUUUUGACACAGUAUCUGACCAUGAAUGAAAUCUGUGUGGCCUACACCAUAAAAAUAAAGUAUGUUCCCCUACGUUUUCUGGAUGCCAUUGAAAAAAUGAACUCUGAGAUCAUCAGAAAGUCCUCAGCCCAGGUUAUAAUACUCUGUGGGACAUAUUCUACAUUCCUUGGAGAUCAGCUAAACAUAAUACAAGAUGUGCUCCAUGAUAAGACCCUGGUCCUCGGUCCUGCAUUUGCAUCAAUCACUAGUCUUAUGGAGCAUCACAAAGAAACAUUUAAUGGGAGUCUGGCUCUUGAACCUUCUGAAUUUCCUGUACCAGACAUGACAAGUUUCUAUGAAAGGUUCCAGACGAUAAAUCAUCCAGAAGACAUGUUACUGGCUCAUAUUUGGUUGGCAUACCAGAACUGUUUAUCAAGAGAUCAUCGUAUGAAUGAGUUCCAUCAGUUCGCAUACAACAAAACUCUACAUAACUGUACCGGGACAGAACGGGUCACCGAUUUUUACAACUUUAAAGGCAUAGGACUCUCUGACCGAGUGUAUAAAGCUGUUUACUUAUUGGCUCAGGCUCUACAUGAUCUGCACAUGUCUACAGACAGAUGGUCUACUGAUAAGACUGCUCUUCUUCAUAGCUAUAGACAUCAGCUUCACUGGUUCCUGGAAAAACAGAAGGAUAUUGCUGGAAAUGACCUCUUCUAUAAAAAUGGAGAGUUCAUCACUAAGUAUUCAAUAGUGAAUUGGCUCAAUUUAAAGAAUGGAUCACUUAUCUUAAAAUAUGUUGGAUCUACAAAAACAGUACAAAAUCUUUUUACAUUUAAUAUCAUAUUGAAGAGGAUCAUAUGGAAGAACAAAGUCAACAAGAUCCCUAGAUCUCAGUGUUCAGAGAACUGUUUACCAGGAACCCGGAAAGUCUCAAAGUCCAGAAUCUAUUCCUGCUGCUAUGACUGUGUCCAGUGCUCCUCGGGAGAAAUCUCUAACACCACUGACAGUGAAAAAUGCAAGAAAUGUUCAGACCUUGACUGGCCUAAUGAGAAGAAGGAUCAUUGUGUUCCAAGGUUCCAGGAUUUUCUUUCCUACACAGAUGACCUCUUCCUGGUUAUUUCCCUGGUUUCUACUCUACUUUCUUUCCUUACAUUCAUGAUUCUUAUUACUUUUAUUUUGCACCAAGACACGGCCAUCGUGAAGGCCAAUAACAGAUACCUGAGCUUCCUUCUCCUGGUCUCCAUCAUGCUGAGCUUCCUCUGUGUCUACUUGUUCCUCGGACAUCCAGUGGACCUCACUUGCAUGCUACGUCAGGUCUCAUUUGGAAUCCUCUUCUCAGUAGCUGUUUCUUGUGUCUUGGCCAAAACCAUAAUGGUUUGCAUUGCUUUCAGAGCCACCAAGCCCGGCAGCUCCUGGAAACGCUGGAUUGGAAGCAAGUGGUCUAAUUCUCUGGUGUUGUUCUGCUCAUCCAUCCAAGUAAUGAUCUGUCUGGUUUGGUUGACUCUAGCACCUCCCUUCUCAGAGCUGGACACUCACUCCAGUCAGGGAAAGAUUAUUGUGCAGUGUAAUGAAGGCUCUGUUAUUGGUUUCUACUCAGUCCUGGGUUAUAUGGGGGUCUUGGCGAUUAUUAGUUUUUUUAUGGCUUUUUUAGCUCGAACAUUACCGGACAGUUUUAAUGAGGCCAAGUACAUCACCUUCAGCAUGCUGGUGUUCUGCAGUGUCUGGAUUGCCAUGAUCCCGGCUUAUCUCAGCACCAAAGGGAAAUACAUGGUGGCUGUGGAGAUAUUUGCCAUACUGACCUCAAGUGCUGGAGUCUUAGGGUGUAUAUUCUUCCCAAAAUGUUACAUUAUCCUGUGGAGACCUGAACUCAACACCAGAUCACAUUUACUGGAGGGAAGACAGGAGGACAACAUUCGCCUGUUUUGCUUUGAUAACGAGAGUCUAAAAGCAUGGCAAUCCAGUCAUCAUCAGACUGCUUGA